AGACCGCGUGCGAGUCGAAGUCCAGCUGGGCAAACGUUUGGUCCACCGAGGGCCUGUAGACGGGGUAGUUGACGUUCUGACAGAACCUCAUGGCUGGUGGGACUGAGCACACGGGGGGGGAUUGGGGCAGUUUCGGCAGCCCGACCUUGUUCGCCAGAGCAUUAGCUUCCUUAACACUCUGCUUGCGACCUGAUCUUGCACGAGACUGGGCCAGCUUGUGGUGAGCAUGUCGGACAGCCGCUGCAUGCACUGCCGCAUGCGCCGACAAAUGCAGCUCGCUAUCCUCCUGCUCCCUGUCAGCCCAGGACAUCAAGUGGCGCUGGCUCUCGUGUUCCUCCAAGAUUUUCUCGUCAGAAUGAUCCAAGGAAAGAUCACUAUCUAUCCAUCUGUCGUCAUCAAGAAGUCCUUCCUUGCCCGCAGCAUCCUUGAGCUGAGCGUUGCCUACAUCAUCUCCCAGCGUGUUCACUGCAAGGAAUAGCA